AAUGCCUAUCUAUCCAACAGCACCUCUUACAAGUUCUAUUCCAGCUCCAUUGAGUGUUGUUUAACCAGUAAGCUAUGCUCAACCUGUGACUUAUGCUUAACCAGUCUAAUAUGUUCCAUAACAAGUUUAAUAUGUACCUUAACCUGUUGUUCAAUAACCAGUUGUUGCUUAACCAAUUCUCACCUAAUCAGUUGUAGCUGCUCCAUAAUAAGCUCCAAUUAAAGGAGAAUCUAGAGUUGAAUACAGAGAAUUUCAAAGACCUGUUGUUGAAAUGGAAACAGAAACUAUUUAAGUUCAAGUACCAAAAACUAAAUAUGUGACUGAUUAUUAUCCAGUUGAAUAUUAAACUGAGUAUAUACCUAGAACAGUUUAUGAAUAAUAAACUGAAUAUGUACCAGUCACUAAAACAGUACCUAGAGUUGAAUAUGAUGCUGUUGAGAGAGAAGUAUAAAGAGUGGUAAUUUAAAUAAAUUUAUUUAUAUUUAGUAAUAUCAACCAGUCUAGACUGUACCUGUUUAACCUGUAGUUUAAUCCUUUGUUCAACCAGUUCAACCACUCACAUAUUCUGUUGCUAGACCUAUAGCCUAAGCUCCAGUCUAUGCAUAACCAGUAGUUGCUCCAGCACUCACUUUUUCAGGUGUUAGACCAGCUUAUGCACCAGUAUCAUUUAUUUAUUAUAUAUAUCUUAGGUUUAUCCAAGUUAUCCUUAAGUUGGUGCUAGACCAUAAUAACCAUAAUAGGUAGUUCCAUCAAACAAACCAUAAUGAG